AAAAGAAAAACGUGUCACAGAGUGGCGAAUCACGCGACGAGUCUCAGACCCCUUGCCUCUUCUCUUCUUCUUCUUCAUGUGUGUUUACCCUCCAGUUUUAAAACCCCCCUCUCUCUCUCAUUUCCCAAUACAUCUCUAUUUAUUUCUCUCUCUCUCUCUCUGUGUCUCGUUUGAUCAGCGAGACUUUGAAGAGUGAAUUAGAAAAGAGUUUGGUUUGGUUUGGUUUGGUUAUUUCGAGGAGUGUUAUACUGUUAUGAAUGACUUUACAUAAAUUCUUGUGAUUCUACUCUUUAUUUUUCUGGGUUUCUUUUGACCUUUUUUGUUUUUAAUUUUCUCAAAGAAAAGAAGCGUUGAUUAUUCUUCCCAGUUCUAAAUAAGGAGAAAAGGAUGAAGAACGAGGAACAGUCAAGAUCUCUGUUUGGAAUCUCCCUGUCUGAUCGACCAACAUGGCAACAGUUUCUCAUCUGCACUUCUGGUUUCUUCUUUGGUUACCUCGUCAACGGAGUUUGCGAGGAAUAUGUUUAUAAUCGCCUGCAAUUUAGCUUUGGUUGGUACUUCACGUUUAUACAAGGAUUUGUCUACUUGUUCCUCAUCUACCUUCAAGGCUUCACCACAAAGCAUAUUGUGAAUCCUAUGAGAACUUAUGUCAAACUCUCUGCUGUUCUCAUGGGCUCACAUGGCUUAACCAAAGGCUCUUUGGCUUAUCUCAAUUAUCCUGCUCAGAUCAUGUUCAAAUCCACCAAGGUGUUGCCUGUGAUGAUAAUGGGAGCGUUCAUACCCGGUCUGAGGAGAAAAUACCCGGUCCAUGAAUACAUUUCAGCCUUCUUGCUGGUUCUUGGUUUGAUACUAUUCACAUUAGCAGACGCGCAAAUGUCUCCCAACUUCAGUAUGAUAGGGAUUUUGAUGAUUACUGGUGCACUGAUCAUGGAUGCUUUCUUGGGUAAUCUUCAAGAAGCCAUUUUCACAAUGAAUCCCGAGACAACUCAGAUGGAGAUGCUUUUCUGCUCGACGGUUGUUGGAUUACCGUUCUUGUUUGUUCCCAUGGUCUUAACCGGAGAGCUUUUCCGUGCUUGGACUGCGUGCUGGCAACAUCCGUAUGUGUACGGAGUGCUUGUAUUCGAAGCAAUGGCCACAUUCAUCGGUCAAGUCUCGGUUCUAUCCCUCAUUGCUCUCUUUGGAGCCGCUACAACCGCCUUGAUAACAACGGCGAGGAAAGGAGUUACGUUGUUGCUGUCGUAUUUGAUAUUCACCAAGCCGUUGACUGAGCAGCACGGGUCAGGAUUGCUGUUGAUAGCAAUGGGAAUAGUGUUGAAGAUGGUUCCUAUGGAUAGUAAACCUCCUAGCAAGAUUCCGGCGAGACCAGCGGCUAGGAACGCCGGAGGUGAGGGUGGUAGAGAAGAGGAAGAAGAGAGGAAGUCAUUGGUUUAAUAAUGUUGCCAUGUAUCUAUUAUCUAUAUAUACUUUAUUUAAGAAGUUUUAAAGGAUUUAUAGACAAAAGAAAACACAAAAGAUGGGGAUGAAAGCAAAUAGAGUAAUAAAAAAAUUGUUUUAUU